AUGGGAGGCGAUGUAACCAUUCGCGCCAGUGACGAGGAUUGUGGACUCUCUGCGCAGAGCAAUAAUAAAACAAAAACAAACCACCAAAAUGACCAUCGCCUUCCCCAUAAUCAGCCUAGACAGCUACAAGCCCAAGCCCGCCCGGCACUUCCUCUCCCUCGCAAAUCGCCCAACAAACUCGAAAAAGGCGCCCUCGGCGCUCUCUUCAACCACCUCAAACCCGUCAACCCGGACCAGCUCAUCGGCGACUGGGACGGACACGCGAUUAACACCGAGCACCCGUUUACGAAGGAGCUGGACGCGAUUAACUGGGCGGGGAACUCGUUCGACGCGACUCGAGACGAUGAUGUGGAUCUCUAUCCGACUGUGAUUUUGCGGAAUGGGCAUCGGGUGCCGUAUGAGGGGUGGGGGUUUGCUAGUUUGCGAGAGAUUAAAUAUAACGGGGUUGUAUCGUCAGCGCUGAUCUAUAACACUCGACCGGCGUUGGUGCACUUUCGCCAUGUGAAUGACCGGGUGGUGGCUGGAGUGAUGGAGUCGAGGGAGUUUGGGAAGAAUGGGAACUUUUACUUUUACCUGGUGAAAUAGAUUUACUGGGAGGAUAUGGAAAAAGAUUCUUGUCUAAUAUUUAUAAAAUAUAAUUACAUUUAAUGAUAAUAAAUAGAUGGUAUUGCCAAUGAAAGUAAUCUGCAUUUGCUACAUCACGCUUGAUAUUGAACCUAGUUCUGAAAAUCCCUCUUCAACAGUUCAGAAGGAGGUAGAAUCCCCUCCUGCUCGAGAGUAUCAAACGUCCUCUUAAACGCCUCCCAGGUAUCCUCAUACCCAGUCCAUCCCAGCUUUCUCGCCUUGCUCAUACUAGCAACACACCCCCAUUCACGACCAAGAACGAAAGUCAAAAAGUCCCACGUCGCCUUAUCCCAGGCCGUCUGGUCGAGGCUGUACUUGGUUUUGAGAGUCGACCACGCCUCAUUGACAUCAG